AUGUAUGUAGCCGAUAAUAAAAUGAAAGAUAAAGUUGUUAUCAUAACGGGUGCAAAUACUGGAAUAGGAUUUGUUACUGCAAAAGAAUUGGCGAAACGAGAAGCCAAGGUAAUACUCGCUUGUAGAGACCCACAGAAGGGACUAGCGGCAAGAGAUAAAAUAAUACAAUCAACAGGAAAUAAAAACGUUUUCUUGAAACCAUUGGAUUUAACAUCUUUUAUAUCAGUUCAAGAAUUCGCUUCUGAAAUUUUAAAAACCGAACCAAAACUAGAUGUUUUAAUCAAUAAUGCUGGUACUGGCACGCUAGAUAAUUCUUUAACACGCGAUAACCUGCCAAUAGAAGCACAAGUUAAUCAUUUUAGCCCAUUUUUGCUCACGAUACUCCUGUUGCCGUUGUUAAAAUCAUCGGCGCCUAGCCGUAUUAUAAAUGUAUCAUCCAUUAUGCACAAAUUCGGAACUAUUGAUUGGUUGGACCGACAGGCAAAGAAUCGCUGGCAGCAUAGGAGAGUGUAUUCUAACACGAAACUGGCUAAUUUACUUUUUACAAAAAAGUUAAGCGAAAUUCUAAGUGGAACUGGUGUCACGGUAAACAGUUUACACCCUGGAGCAGUCAAUACUGAUAUAUUUAGGAGCCAGUGGUUUUUCGUCAGGUUUUUACUCAGUAUCGUAUUCCUGACUCCAUUCCAAGGAGCUCAGACAUCGAUAUAUCUAGCCGUGGCACCCAACCUAAAGUCAGUGAGCGGCAAAUACUUUUCUAACUGUACCGAAGUAACUCCUUCCAAAAAGGCUCAAGACGAUGAAGCGGCUGACAAGUUGUGGAAGAUGUCAGAGAGUCUUAUUUUUCGGGACAAGAAGUCAAUUUAA